AUGCAACCCAAGAGCAACAACAAGGGCAAAGAUCCUACUCUACUAAUAAACGAGGAGUCCAUUUUAGGCGAGAGAUGGUGUCCCAUAUAUGAAAAAGUUGCCAAUUUUGAGCCUACCCAUUUCGAACAGGCGAUGCUCAAUAUUAUCAAACAACCCAAUAUCAAUUCAACUGUAAUACUACGAGCCGACAUUUUGAAGGAGAAAAUCUACGAUCCAAAUGAAGGAGAAACUACUUUCAUAAGCAAGUUGAUAAAUUCUGUUCCUGAUGUCGAAUCCAAAGACCAGGGAAAUGAGGUUGUUUUGCUACAUCGCGAUUUACAAGAUGUUAAUAUUCGGGAGAUAAAUGUCGAUGGGUGUCAACUAAAUUUAAAGAAUAGAUGUGAAAUCGUGCGGAGAAUGAUUCCACGGAAUCCAUUUAAAGAUUUUAUCAUCAAUCAGACGUGUUUGGUGAUGAAGACAGACGAUGAACAGAGCGUGCUUGUGGUGUAUGUGCCACAUAUACAUACAGCCGAAGAAAUUCCAUACUACUUACCUCCAGUGUAUGCCGUGGGAAUAUUAUACCACAAUAAUAGGGUGUCUCUUCAUUAUCUACCAUUUGAAUUGGACGACUGGCGUGAGGAAAGGAACAAAAUAAAGAAUAUGGACUUAUCGGAAAGGCCCAUUAGAAUUGCAUUGAGGUUACUACAGACAUCUACCAAGCAUUCAAGUGGUGUCAAACUAGGAUACGAGAAGCGAGUCAAUCACGAUUUGGUUGUUUCCAAGGUCGAUUUUCAAAACAGGUACAUCACUCUCAAGUCAAAGUAUUCAUCAGACUUGGUUAAUUCAUGGUGUGAAUCUACUGAUCCAAAGAAACAUGUAUUUGAAGAUCUUGCAAUAGCCGCAUUUUUGAUUGAGUAUUGGAAGUUAAAAAAAUACGACAAAAAUGAGUUUGAAUUUCGUGAUUUGGGUUGUGGCAAUGGACUCCUUGUGUAUAUUUUGAUGAUGGAGGGCUACAAGGGUGAAGGAAUAGAUGCACGAGCAAGGAAGUCAUGGAAAAUGUAUCCACCCCAUGUGCAAGAAAAAUUAGUGGAAAAAAUUAUUGUUCCUAGUAUCUUAUUGAAACCGCAUCCUUCGUUGGCAAAGAUUGCCCCACAUAUAAAGGAUAAUGGCAGGCAAUUUGCCGAACCAAAAAAUAACCAGGUCAACUACCACACAGCAGAGAGUUUGCUCAAUUCACCUAAUGUAUGCACCACUGAAGAUUUCCCUAAGAAGACUUUUCUAAUAGGGAACCACUCCGAUGAGUUGACGUGUUGGAUCCCACUAUUGGAAUAUCCAUUUAUGGUGAUCCCUUGUUGUUCGCAUUCACUAAACGGUAAUAAAAUGAGGUUCACGCCGAGAAAGGUAAAAGGCGCAUUGCCCAACCAGUCAAUGACAUCAACUUAUGGGUCUUUAGUUGACCAUGUAGAAGAUAUUGCCAUUUUAAAUGGGUGGCAGAUUGAAAAAGAGAUGCUUCGUAUACCAAGUACAAGAAACGCAGCAGUGAUGAGUAGUGAGAAAGUGAAACCAUUUCAAAGCGAGCCGCUGGAUAUUUCUCAAUUGAGGGUCUUGGAUAUAAUUGCCAUGGAAGGGGGUGCAGAAGGAUGGGUUGAAAACGCAUUGAAUUUGAUGAAAAAGGCGCCUAGGAGUCAUUAG